AUGGCCAUGGAAGCAAGCCUGCAGACUGCAAAUGUCUUGAUAGAAGACGCAGAGCAAGACAAGAACAUCUUGCUGUGGGCCAGGGAGGAACCUAGUGAGGCUUUCGGCGGCGAAGCACUUGAUGACGGCAAGGCCCUGGUGGGUCUGCGUGCCGACCCAGCCUCCGAGAACUGGGAGGACGACUUCGACUUUGACUCACCUUCCUGCGAUGCGUUUCCUGCUCCUCCUCAGGCUGACAGGUUGAAGAGCAAGAGCAAGCUCAAGGCCCACAACCAGAGCAGCCUUGGAGCACCGGAGCGCAACAACUUGGAGGAGCUGCUCAAAGUCUUGCCGGACCUGUCGAUCGAUGCUAACUGUCUUGAUGACUUGUGCCGUCUGUUCUCCAGCUCAAACUCAGGUCUCUUCACCGUCAAAACUCUUUUGAAGGACGUCCAAUCCAUGUACAACUCAUUCCAUGAUAAAUAUGUGGUCGAGAAAUUCAACGGCAAAUCGAGAACGAGGAUCGAGGACCUCGAACAGAAUCUUACAGACGCCAUGGAAAGUAAGUGUUUACAAGCAGAGCUCUCGGCCUGUCUUGAGCUUGCCCGGACAUAUCGUGCCAAGUCCCAACAGGGGGCAGCGAUGUUGAAGUUGCAACGUGCGCAGACGGCAUUGCAGACCGCCGAGCAGAACUUGACGGGCGAAGAGGGCAGCGAAGCUUCCGGAGAGCUGAUCACGGAGGCUCACAUCCUUCAUGAGAUGGCCAUCACGGCCAGGAAGAUACAGGAUCUGAACGCGGCGAAAGCUUACCUGGAACGUGCCUUCUUCUCGAUCUCGUCCUCCAAGAGCCUGUCUCCGCUGUGGUCACCGUUGUGGCUGCGGCUGCAUGUUGACUCUGGCAUCUUGGCUCUCUCUCUCGGCUCGACCAAGACUGCGUUAUGGCACUUCUCUCAGUACCUUGCGGGCCUCGUUGCAAGGCAGCCUUCGCUGUCUGUAGAUACGCUCGUCAAGUAUGACUCAAACGACCAAACUGUGAAAUAUUAUGAGGAGCUGUUCAUGGGAUGUUUCUUUGUCGGAGCCACGUUGCAAUGCUCGAUGGCGCCUGACUUGGCCUUGACCUUCAUCAAGUACUCGAUUGCCACCUAUAAAUUCAUGGAGAUGCAGAAGAUUGAAAACGCCCCAAGAAAGCUGAAGGUUGUUAUUUGCUGGUACAAGGAAGCAAUGUACACGUCUCAGGCUACGCACGAUUGCCCGUCAGUGAAUGAGGAUGACAGCCUGUACUUGUCUGAAGACGAGGAGAACGCUGAUGUGGAUUUUGACGAGCAGAUGGACGAUUUCGGGUCCAACGAGGGGAAGCAGAACGAGGAUCAGGCGGAGAAGUCGGUGGAGGAGGAUGAUGAGUUCGAUGAGGAGGACGAGGAUUGGGACAGAGAGCUUGAGAUUGAGGCCAUGCUGAGGGGAGAAACCUCUGAGAGCAUCUCAAGGGAGUCUUCGCGCUCGAGCCUGUUCACGGGCAGCAGGGCGUCGGAGAACAUUGAGAUGGGACUAGGUCAGUCAGGCGACUCCCUCCCUGAGAGGUGGGUGUUCUCAAAGACUCUGUCCGGCAAGUCUGUGAAGCCAGUCAUCAUCAUGUACCCCAAGGUCAGCCCGCUGUACUCGAUCAGAUCCAAGAGGAUCAUGAGUGAGGCCGCUACCCAACAAUGGCUCGAGGGACUGAUCAAGAGCCAGAGGCAAAGUUACUUGCUCCACAGCCAGGCUGCUAACUACGAAGGGAUCGACGAGAGGCUGAAGAACGCUGAGCGGUCCCUUCGGGAUUGGACGAUUCUGUGCGUUCAGUAUUGCCACGUCCUGUUUCGAUUGCCGGAUGCCAGCCAACAUUUCUGGAAGUAUGCGGACAUCUUCUUCAGAGGCGUCGCAGAGAGCAAGUUGAUGCAGAGGGAGAGGGAUUGGAAGACGACGGAGGCAGAGGACAAGCUCGUGUGGUUGGCUGUGAUGCGAGCUUGCGAGUCAGUGACGUUGAUGGCGUCCCAGCUGUGGACCAGCUCGUCCAAAAACGAUUUCUUGCGCUUCCUUAAGAUCUCUCGAGAGGUUUCGAGGAGGAAGAAUGACUACUUCUACGACGUGAUGGAGCUUGAGACGUUUGCGCACCAUCGCUCCUCCGAGAUGUUCUCCUCUGUCAUCCCUGGUUUUUGCAGGAUCUUCUUGAGCGCGAUCAGGAGGGAGCGAGACGAGCCUCCCUCCAACGCAGAUGCAGACACCACCGUCAUCGAGUGGGGAGGAGAAGCCAGGCAGCUGGAGGACUGGGGGCGCCUGGAGAAGGGGAACCUGUCAUCCGGCGAGAUGGGUUGGACCAGCUUCGAGGCUCAGGCGGCGGCUCUGGCGGACAUCCAACUGUGUCUCAAGGGCCGGUCGCCGAUCACCGCAAGGGAGGUAGUGCACGACAUGAAGGGGCACAAGCAGGAGAACCCUGUGGAGUGGCAGGAUGGUGACGUGGACAUGCCUGACAUGGUCAGCCUCGACCGCCUCCUCCUCGACGAGGAGUACAGGAUCAGCCUGCUAGCGGACAUCUACCCCAAGACUCGACCCGACCUCUUCCUGCGUGCCAAGUGCGCCUUCGUCCUCGGCAACUUCUACCUUCAGCAGAAGGAAGGGGCAGGCAGGGUCAAGGCGGAGCAGCUCUUGCUGGAGAGCCUGUACAUCCUUGACAACUGCGCUCAGCCCGUCCCAGGGAUCAAGUUUCUUGUGUCGAGCUUGGGAGAGGUCGUGCUGCAGGCGUACGCUGCAGUCCUCCUCGAGAACAACAAGUACAAGUACGGAGUGCUGGCGCUGGAGGCAGCGGCGGAGUGUCAGAAGCUGAGGACGGGGGUAGAGCCCCAGCAGCUCUACCGGCAGCUGGCUAUGGUCUGCACUGAGCAUGGGGACUACGAGAGGAGCUUGAGGUACUACUCGAUCGUGCUGGGGAAGGCGAGGCAAGACGGCAAGUCCAACGAGUUCAUCUUUGUGAGCGAGAGGGUCUCGGACAUCCUGGUAGAGCACGGGGACUUCGCGCAGGCUGAGCAGAUCCUCCUUGCUGCGAUCGCGUUCCUGCAGGAGGAGAGGAAGGACAAGAAGGACAGCAGCUCCCUCGAGGGCCUCCUCAACGCUGCCAACGACAUGGAGCUGGAGUACCUGGCCAGCUACAAGAACCUUGACACCAGAUUCCUCCGCAUCCUGAUGAAGCUGUCAAAGAUCCACCUCGAUGGGUACGAGACGGUCAAGGGGGUCCGCAUCCUCAAGAAGCUCCUCUCCCGCUCCCUCCCCGCCAGCAAGAAGGCAAGCAUCCAGGCCCUCCUCGCCACCGGGCACUACGAGCUCUGGCAGACAGCUGAGUGCGACGCCUGCCUGGCCUCUGCUGCCGCUGCGACGUCCUCGGGCUUUGCUGAGGUGCUGUCCGGGCCCGAGCUGUUCGCCAUUACCCUCCUGGGGUGUAAAAAUCUCCUCAGGUCAGGACGAGCCGUGGAGGCGCUCAAGAAGAUAGACGAGGCGAUAGCAGGGGAGACCCGCCUCAGCGGCAUCGGCCAGCUCUUCCUCCUCCGUGGCAAGGUGCUGCAGACGCUGGCGUGCCGGUCGGAGGGGGACGCUAGUGUCCUGCCCUCCUUCUCUUCCACGCUGGAUCUGUGGAGGGGGGCGGCUGAAUCAAUGCACAUGGCCAUGGACGCGUUCUCUCGCGUCGGGGAUCGAAGCAUGGAGUCUAAGGCCGCGUGCUGCUAUGCUCAGGUGCGGCUGGACGCCAUAUGGUGCCCCUGCGUCCUGCUGAAGAAGCAGUGGGAGACGACGCUGUUCAAGACGGCACCGAAGGACUUCGUGUCGAGGAGCGCUCUCCACUCGCCCAUGCUCGGGCCAGGGAUGAGGAGGAGGGAGACAAAGUCUUCCAUGGGGAGCAGCGGGAACAUGAACACUCGGAUGUCGGCAGCAUCGAGGGCAAGCAGCAUGGGCAGCAGCACCUCCCCGCACCUCAACGCCAUCGACUCGGACCCCCUGUGCUCCAUCGAGCGAGCUUCCAUCUUCGGGCUCGAGGAGAACGCGGCGACGCUAUCGGACAUCAUGACCCUCCUCCGGUCGCACCUCAACAUGGCGGAGAUCCGCUGGCUGCAGGGCAGGAGGAGCGCGGCCAUGGCACACUUCCUCGAGUGCCGCGACCUCUUCUUCGGCCUCUUCGUCUCUCCAGCUGGGAACGUGCUGGUGUCGGACGGCCCCCUGGCGUUCACCAGGGCGAUCCUGGGGAUCCUGAACAGGAUGGCGAGGUUUGUGCUUGUGUGGGAUAAGGUGACCAUCAACCACCACAUCGCCAUCUUCGACACGAUCCUGAACCUCGAGGUCGACCUCGGGUUCUCGUCGUCGCACGGCAUGGAGGAGGGCAGGGCGUCGGAGAACGGCAGGAGGGUGUGGUCGCUGCUGCAUUCCAUGCGCUGCAUCGGAAGGUUGGGCAACAACAGGAGGCUAAGCAAGGAGGACGUACAGAGGAGAAACCUGAACACCCUCAGGAAGAUCUGGAGGGUUUGUACGAGCUCGGCCACAGUAAUCACUGCAAGCAUGCGAGCCGACGCAGGGCAGCUGGAGCAGGCGGGCAGAUCGCCAUCGAUGAAGCCCCUCCCUCUCCGACCUCCGCCUCCUCCAUGCAACGUGCUGAACCUGUGCCUGGACUCUGACCUUGUGUCCCGUCACAUCUACAUCUUGUGCCUGAUGGAACAGUUCUUGGCGAUCUACAGCCCAUACGCCGGCCUGCUAGAGGCACGGAUCUUGGGGACGGGAGACAGCGGAGGAAUGUUUGACCAGACGUCCCUUGCGGUGAUAGGAGACUUUGUGCAAGGGCUGUCUUCCAGGAGGGAACUAGGUGGGCAGGCGAUGGGUGGGAGCGAAGAUCCAGCCAAGAAGGACGCGGCGAAUCAGUUGCAGAGAUCGGAACCUCUCAAAUCUUGCGAGCUCGGAAAGAUCCUUCUCAACUCCUUCAACCAGUUUCCCGCAGACUGGAAGUACGGAUCGCAAGCAGCCAAGCUGAAGCAGGGGCAGCCUGGCGAGGCAACGCAGGGCUGCAGCAGGACGGCAAAGAGGAAGAGGAGCUGGCUGAAGAGAGGAUGUUUCAUGAUGUUCAAGUCGCUCCAGACGGCGACGAAGCACAAGGAGGAGGAAGCGAUCGUUCUCCCUCCUCCCCUCUUCAUAGCCUGCAGCGCGCUCCUCCGCGCUAUCCCGUGGGAGAUAGUCUGCCAAGGGUUCACCGUCAUGCGCUCCUUGGGCCUGCACCCGUUCCUGAGGUGCGACGUGGCGAAGGAGGAGAAGAGAGAGGAGGAGAAGGUGGGGCGGCAGGGCAGCACGCAGGCGGAGGAGAGGAGUCAAGGAAUGUGCCUGGUCAUCCCGCACAAGUCGAACUGGAGGAAGCAAGACUCGAAUUUCUUCGAGAGGAAGAAGGGAGCACUAGGGAGAAAUUGGCUAACAGCGAUGCAGCAAAGACAGUGGGCGCCACCAUGGGACGGAGGAGCAGGAGGAGGAGCAGGGGGAGCAGGGGGAGCAGGAGACGGACCUGACCGCCACAACGCCUUCGGCUCUCUGUUCAUGCACGCUCCCAUCGCGCAGCCCAGCAGGAAAAUUUCCCAGCUGAGGAGGAAGUACCGGCUUCCUCCGAGCUUGCAGGCGCACGUUGUGUUUGUUGAGUCAGAGAAGAUCGCGGCGUCCCCUCAGGAAUUUGCGGUGAGUGUAGACAAGGAGGCAAGAGGACGGGAAGUAUUCUUCCUCCUCCCCUACUUCGAGCUGCUCCGCUUCGCAAGUGUCUUGAGCGACGCCCUGGCUAUGAAAGGAGGAUGUACCCUUAUCUUCUGCCCUGACUACGCGAUCAAACAGUUUGUAACUACGUUGCAGAAGAAUUUACAAGAGAGGAAGGACGGCAAGCUCUGUGUCAGCAAGAAGAACGAACAGCAGCAGGAGCUUGUCACAGAAUACCAGAAGAUAGUCCAGAUCACAGCACAGGACAUCAUGAAAAGGCUCGACCUUCCCGUCGCUCUACUCUCCACUAGCAUGCUGGCUCCGAUCGUCUCUGCCAGGAAGGAUGUGGGAAAUCCUGUCGUUCACUCUUCUCCUACGCUCCCUGCUCCUCCCUCCACCUCUCCUCCUGCUGCUCCGAAGGUGAAGGCGGGCGGUGAAGAGGAGGGAGGGAGGAGGGAGGAGCAGCGGGAGGCCGCUGCCGUCGCCCAGGCUGCUCCGGAGGGGAGGAAGUGGGCGGAGGGAGAGGACGAGAGGAUGGGGAACGCGGAGAAGGAGGUGGAGAAUCGCAGGCUAGACCAUACCAAAGUUGCUGACGUCAUCGCCAAGUUCCGAGAGUCUUCGGAGACGCUGGAGGAAACUGACGAAGAGACGGAGAGGCCGCUGGGGGAAGACGCUGUCAGCGAGCUCCUGGUGCAGGACAGGAACUUCGAUGCUGCUUCCAACAAUGAGAUGGAGGAGUCGGACGACGACACUAGGAGGUCGUCCAUGCUGGAGGAGCAGGGGGAGGCCGGGAGGAUAGACAACGUAGAGUCUCCAGCGUUGAACAGCAUGACGGACUUCGAUGGCAUGCAGGACACGCAGGAUGGGUCGGACAAGCGGGAUGAUGGGUCGAGCAAGACGAUGGUGGUGGAGGAUGCGGACGAGGUGGUGGAGGAGAAGGAGGAGGAGGAGGAGGGAGGAGAGGAUGGAGAGGGAACAGAAAAAGACGGUCAGAUCGAGCUGUUUGGACCCGACGAGAACCCGAACAGUCCGGUGCAAACCAACUUAUCAAAGUCGGAGUUGCACACCAGCGAUGAUGGCUUCGUUCACUCGCCAAUCGAGGUUGUGAAGUGA